ACAGACUGCAAUUGCCAUGCAUCUAGAUUAACGAACCUUAUAAAUUUUCGACUUCAGACAAACCACACAUCGCUUUUACACAUUCUAUUCAUCUUCGUUGUUACUUGGAAAAAUUUCCAACUACUCCGAAAAUGAGCUCUAUCUCUCUACCACAAGAGAUAUUUCUCUUGUUAUGCCAGGAGCUUGCUGCACGUCGUGACUUCGGUACUCUUUUCAACUGUUCUCUCGUCAGUAAAAGGGUUGCCCCUAUCGCUUUGGAACAGCUCUACAGCAUCCAAGAAUUAUCCUCGAUCAGCAUCGGUGACGAUUACAAUAGACUCGAAUGGUCGCGAUUAUGGCGAUCUAUCAUCCUCUCCAGUAUUGGGAAAACCGCAUAUCCAUAUUGCGUCUAUGUCCGAUCCCUAUCAAUUGGCAAUCUUGAGGAUUGCCUUUCAGAUAUUCCCCGGGACACACAUGUUAGAAGUUUCUUUUUCGAAGGCCCUAUGGAACAAUUCCAUCUGGUACGAGAUGGACGUCUGUCAAUCAUGUCUAUACUGAUUAUGUGCGCCGAUUCCAUCAUAAAAUGUAUAAAAAGAUCGGCAGAUUCUGCAGGUGCAGCAGUAGCUUUGGAGCAUUUAGAGGGGACUUAUAUUCCCCACGACGUAUUGCCAGGUUGGAUUGCACAACUUCGCGGUCUUAGAUCAUUGCGUAUCAGAGACGGAUCCGUACUAGGUCUCGAUGCUGCCACAGCCAUAUCUCAGCAUUGUCCUGAUUUUACGGAUCUGACUUGCUACUACUAUAGUAGUCCUGAUGCCGAUACCGAUCUAGCCGCUUUCUUCCUAGCGCUCCGCCCGAAUAGCCUUCGAAGUUUUGAAAUUAUUAGCAAGAAUGAAAUUGGACCGGCCGCGUUGACGGCGCUGAAUACCCAUUCGAAAUCGCUCCGGAGUCUCUCGUUUAGAAGUAUAAGCGCGCAAGCAAAAGCUGCUCUCCCUCACUUAUCAAGUUGUACUGCUCUAGAAACUCUUGUUAUCGAGAACAGGGAUUUCUUCAACUAUCAAGAUUCAGAUGACGCCGAGAGCAAAGAGGUACUCCAAAGGAUCAUUGCUUGGAUAAGCAACUGUAAAUCUCUUAAAGACCUAAACUUACGCAUAAAGGAUGCCUUAUCCAUAGCCAAGGGAGUGCUAUUGUCGCCUGACAUUCGCUUCACAUCAUUAUCUAUGGUGGAUGUUGGACCCACGUCCGAAGCAAUGGAGGGCGUAGACUGGACGGCGCUUGGCUCUCAAGAUCGUCUCGAAUCGCUUACUCUCGGUUCCGGAGACACUGGCGCAAUCAGCUUCAUCCAGUCCGAAUUCCGAUUGGCGGAGUCAAUCUGCAAUCUGAAGAACCUGACAUCCCUAAACCUCAUGCUGACGUAUAUUACCUCUGAUGUAUUAGAACGCAUUGCCACAUCGCUACCUAAACUAUCCGAAUUCAUCUUCUCCGGCGACUCGAUGACUGACUCUAUGCUACAACCUCUGGGAAAUAUCCCCCAGUUAAAAUUACUUUCCAUCAACACUUUUACUUCUUUUAGUUUUGAAGGAUUAUACGAGUUUGCCAUGAAGCUUAACAGGCCGAAUUGUAUGGGCAUCAGGGUGGAUAUCUUGAACCAAAUAGGAGAGCUCAAACUUAAGGAGUCCGACUACGCUCGGUUACAACAAUACUUCGCGGAAACGCUCCAAGGUCGGAUUGAGAUAGCCUACUACCACGACCCAGACGAACUUCACGAGAUGGACUUCUCCGACACCGACUAGGGAAUUUAGACUGUCGGGGGCAUGGUUAUAUAGUUGACCGUACUUACGUUUAAGAAUCACAUUAUUCAGAGAGUCGGGAUUUUAUUCAUGUAUUAUCAAGGUAUCUAACCCAUGUAGACGCCUCAGUUCACGUAUUCCUAGCGUAUCAGAGUAGGUUCUUUCCCA